AUGUAUUGCCAGAAGUGCCGGACUCCCUUGAAGUUGGAUGGCUCUCUCGAGUCCCUCAACCCCGCCGCCUUCGACCUGCUGAUCGGCUCAACAGGUAGAUCUCUGCCGGACCAUGGCACUCAUUCAUCAUCCCGACCUUCCUACCCCCAAGAGCGACGAGAGCUUUACGACCGGGCCUCUAAACAUGCUACAUCACCGGUAUAUCGGAGAUCUGUUCCAGCUCCCCGCCAGGCAAGCAGUAGCCAGACCAACCCUCCAAGGCUGGGCCGAGGGGACAGUGGUAACAUGUCCUUUGUGAUGCUCACGGAGUCUCAAGUUGGGCCGCCACAUGGAAUGCCCGGUCCUAGCAGUGAUAAUCCCGCGAACAGUAAGCUGCCGGCCAGCACACAGUCCAAUGAUCGCGGAUCGGACGACGCAUCAUUCGCAGAUCAAGUCGAACGAACAAGUCGGCUGUUUGAUAUAAUCUCCGCGCGAUCCGACAUUGACCAUCCCAUUUGCACCGAAUGUACAGAGAUGCUCGUGGACGGUUUACAGCAACGACUAGCAGAUGCCACAAAGGAGCGGGAUGCAUACAUCUCAUUCUUGCGAAACCUAAACUCCUCUGUCCCCACAGCUGAAGAGCUCGAGGCGGCCCAGAAGUCGCUACAGGAGACCUUGGAUGCGGAGAAGCUCGCCUUUGAAGAACUCCUUGCGUUGGAAGCAGAAAAGUCAGUUUUGGAUGAAGAAAUCGCCGGCCUGGAGGAGGAAGCCCGUCAAUUGGAUCUUGAAGAGGAAAAGUUCUGGCGUGAUCGCAAUUCAUUUGCGUUGACCCUCUCCGAUUUUCAGAACGAACGCGAUGCGCUAAAUAUGAAAUACGACCAUGACUCUCGCCAGCUUGAAAGAUUACAAAGGACCAAUGUGUACAAUGACGCUUUCUGCAUCGGUCACGAUGGCUACUUUGGAACGAUCAACGGGUUGCGGCUUGGUCGAUUGGCUAACCCAUCGGUGGACUGGCCCGAGAUCAAUGCUGCUUGGGGUCAGACAGCGCUCCUCCUAGCAACCAUCGCCGACAAGUUAGGCUUCCAGUUCCAAGGGUACCAGAUCAAGCCAAUGGGAUCUAUGUCUAGAAUAGAGAAGAUCGAACAGUCUCGACCGUCCCCGGCUCAGUCGGCGCUGAGUGGAGCAAAUGCGAUGUCAUCCGCACCGCCCAAGAUCACCGUCCUCGACCUGUUCUCCUCGGGCGAGCUGCCCCUAAAUCUACCUUGGCUUCACCGCCGGUUUGAUGCAGGCAUGGUGGCGUUUCUGGAAUGUUUACGUCAACUAGGUGAAUUUGUGGAGAAGACGCCGGCGCCUGUGCCCUCAAACCGCCGGGGUCAGGCUAACACUACAGUGCCCGGAUUGAAGCUUCCAUACGAGAUCAAGCGCGACAAGAUUGGCGACGCCAGUAUCAAGCUUGGCUUCAACCAGAACGACGAAACUUGGACCCGUGCAUGCAAAUACACCCUGACCUGUUGUAAAUUCCUGCUGGCGCAUGCGAGUAACGUUGCUAGCGCGGGUUCCAGUAAUUCUGCUGCCGUCGCAGCAGCAGCAGUUGCAGCUGGCGAACAAGCCGGGAUGCCUACGUCUAACCCUACGACCAAAUGA